CUACAGACAUUAAAUCUCAUUUUCAAUUCGAAGGGAGGCGUCAAAUUGAAGUGACCUGAAGAGUGGCUUGCUUGGGUAUCGGCCUCAAUGACGGCGUAAAGUAGGAAGGAGGCAUCCUCAUCGGAGACAUUAAGAUUCCUUGCGGCAGUUAAGCUAAAAACUUAAACAAAGCCAAACUUUACUUGGGUUAAUGAUCCAAGCCAUUACCACUCUCUUCUGGCACCCGAGUCUAACCCGCCACAAAACAAUCCAAACCCUCCCAGAUGCAGCCUUUUCAUGGCCGCAAACUCCCGCACCACCGCAACCAACUCAACCACCUCCGGACCUUUAUAGCCGCAAGAGUCAAAUGGGUACGUGACCCAUGUCUAGAUAAAGCAGUUUCCAAAGAAAAAGACCUUAGACAAGUGAUUUCUUUCAAGAACCAAAUUAUCUCUUCUCCUUCAAAGACCGUCUCUCUUUCCUCUCUUUCUCUCCUCAAAACCCAUUUCAAUCUUUCAAACACAGCCCAUAAAUUCUUGGAGAAUUACCCAUCUCUUUUUACCCACUUUCAGCCUUCUCCUUCACUUCCUCUCCAUGUCAAACUCACCCACCAAGCUCUCUCUAUUCACAAAGAAGAACAACUUGUUUAUAGUUCUUUCAGUUAUAGGGAUGAUGCUGUUAAAAAGUUAGCUAAGCUUUUAAUGCUCACUAAAGUAUCAAGAUUGCCUUUACAUGUUAUUGAUAGAUUGAAAUUUGAUUUGGGUUUGCCUUAUAAUUAUAUUACUGAGUUGUUAUCUGAUUAUCCUGAGUAUUUCAAUGUUUGUGAAGGUAAAGAUCCAUUUUCUAAUAAUAAGGAAACGUUUUUUUUAGAAUUAGUUUCUUGGAGAGAUGAAUUAGCUGUGAGUGAAAUGGAGAAAAGAGUGGCAUUUGGGGAUUUGAGGAAUGUUAAGAAAGGUGAGCGUAUUGGGUUUUCUUUAAGUUAUCCAAAUGGUUUCGAUUUGAAGAAAAAAGUUAAAGAUUGGGUUUUUGAAUGGCAAGGUUUACCUUAUAUAUCACCUUAUGAAAAUGCUUUUCAUUUAAAUCCCAAUGGAGGUCAUGCCGAGAAGUGGGUUGUAUCUGUUUUACAUGAGUUGUUAUGGUUGCUAGUGUCAAAGAAGACUCAGAAGGAAAAUAUGUUAAUAUUGGGAGAGUACAUGGGUUUGGGAGAUAGGUUCAGAAAAGCUCUAGUGCAUCAUCCUGGGAUUUUCUAUGUUUCGAAUAAGAUCAGGACGCAGACUGUGGUGCUUAGAGAGGCCUACAGGAAGGAUUUCAUGGUGGUGAAGCAUCCCUUGAUGGGUAUAAGGUUUAGGUAUAUUCAUCUUAUGAAUAAAUCUAUUGAAAAAGAAAGGAAAUCAGCUGAUGGAGCUUUCAGGUAUAAAAAGUGCCAAAGCAGUCUAAAAAGUGCAAAACAAGAGUCAUCAUGAGUGAAAUCCAUCCCGUGAGGAGAACUAACAUGAUCAAUUAGACUCAGCCAGAGACCUUCUCACGAGGCAAACAAAUAAACGAAUGAGUAGUCUUUUAAAUCGAGAUGUGCCCGACAUAAGAAACUAUUGCCAAGGGAGACCGGAGUACGCUAUGCCCCAUCACCUACAAAAGGAUCAGUUACAGGAGUGAUGCGCUUCCCAGGGCCCUCUGCGUCAGAGCGGCUACUUUCUUCCUUCGAGAUCGAUCCCUGUACCUAUUCACUCUUCCUAAGGCUAUCAAAAAAAAUUGAUUCUAGAUAAAAUUUUUAAAUGAAUUACAAAUUUAUAAAUAAAUAUGUUUUAUAAUAUUAAAAUAUCUCUUUUUAA